UCCUAGUCCUUUUAAUCCGGUUAUGUGAACGCGCGCGCAUCACUUGCCAGCCCGCAGUCGCACGCGCAACCCGUCAACUGUGCUCACACGAAAUAAACCGCGAAUUUCGAAUUCAUUGUUGUAAAAUAAACUUUAAAAAAAUGUACAAAUCUUUGAUAGUUCUUUGUGUGGUGUACUGUGUUGUAAUUGAAGCUCGUCCCAAAUGGCAGGUCCUGCCACCCAUGCCAGGCUACGUUCCAGUCUACAUCAGGCCUGGCGACACCCCUCUUGAAGAAAUCAACCUGGAUCUGGCAGAGGCUUUCCAUGAACUGCCAUCAGGAAGGAGCGUCGGCAAGCAAGUCGAGGCUUCUCCUGAGGCACCAGAACAGGCAGACCAGCCCCAACCAGACGAGGUUCCCGCAGCCCCAGCCGACGAAAUAGUCGACCAUCGUCCAUACGAAAAGAAAAUUCUAGAAAAGAAAAAGAAAACUGACUCCGAAAUCCCCAAACCGAUCGAGCGUAGAUAGAUAAAAACGUA